CGCCCUAAAGCGGUAGGUGAGACCGGAAACGGCUUUGACGCGCUGGUCGUGUAGACGGCGCUGUUUUUUUUAUACGGAUUAACUAGUGAAAACGACGGGACUUUAUAUUAAUUGAACAUUAAUGCUGUGAGUCAAUCGACCAGGGUUAUUUCCUGUAAGCUUAUCUAGUUCUGUUCAGCUCUGUUUUUUUUUUUAAAAAAGAUUUUUAUCGUUUUUUAAAUCGUGUAUCGUGAGAGCGAGCCAGCGCGAGGCCGGGUGUGCGCGAGCUUCCUCCUGUUGCGGGCAGGUUAGCUUGCUGGCUAAAUCCUGAGGUAAUCGUUCAGAUAGAGGAAAAACAAAAGGAAAAAAACACGAAAAAUGACCGAAUCGGACAAAUUAAACAUCGAUUCUAUCAUCCAGCGUCUUCUGGAAGUGAAAGGCUCCAGACCCGGUAAAAACGUGCAGCUGACAGAGAAUGAGAUCCGUGGGCUGUGUCUCAAAUCCAGGGAGAUUUUCCUCAGCCAGCCCAUCCUCCUCGAGCUGGAAGCACCUCUGAAAAUUUGCGGUGAUGUUCACGGUCAGUACUACGACCUGCUCCGGCUGUUUGAGUACGGCGGAUACCCUCCGGAGAGUAACUACCUGUUUUUGGGAGACUACGUGGACCGAGGGAAGCAGUCUUUGGAGACCAUCUGCUUGUUGUUGGCCUACAAGAUCAAAUACCCAGAGAACUUUUUCCUGCUGCGAGGGAACCACGAGUGCGCCUCCAUCAACAGGAUAUACGGCUUCUACGACGAGUGUAAAAGACGCUACAACAUUAAACUGUGGAAGACGUUUACAGACUGCUUUAACUGCUUACCCGUGGCAGCCAUUGUCGACGAGAAGAUUUUCUGCUGCCACGGAGGCUUGUCUCCGGACUUGCAGUCGAUGGAGCAGAUCCGGCGGGUGAUGAGACCCACGGAUGUGCCGGAUCAGGGGCUGCUGUGUGACCUGCUGUGGGCCGACCCUGAUAAAGACGUGACGGGCUGGGGGGAAAACGACCGCGGCGUCUCCUUCACCUUCGGCUCUGAUGUUGUCGCCAAGUUCCUGCACAAACACGACAUGGACCUCAUCUGCAGAGCGCACCAGGUGGUGGAGGAUGGAUACGAGUUCUUUGCGAAGCGGCAGCUGGUGACACUCUUCUCCGCCCCGAACUACUGCGGCGAGUUCGACAACGCCGGCGCCAUGAUGAGCGUGGACGAGACGCUCAUGUGCUCCUUCCAGAUCUUGAAACCUGCUGACAAGAAGCUGUUGGCGUACAGCGGUGCUGGAGCUUUCGGAUCUGGCCGACCCGUUACACCACCAAGAAACGCUGCCAAGGGAGGCAAAGCCAAGAAAUAACACAAACCAUUACACAACACACACUCACACACCGUCUCUUCCUCUCCUUUUUCCUUCAGUCUACCUCUCCUUUUAUUCCUCGUCUUUCACAUUUCUCUCUUUUCUCGCUAUGAAUGUGUUUUUUUUUUAAAUUUUUUUUUUAUUUGACCAAUUAUGAGCAUAUAAUGUUUUAGAGUAUGUGUGUGUGUUUGCGGGGAUUGGGGGGUAGGAGUUUAAGAUCCCUUUAUCUUUACCUUCUAUCACUUUUCUUCAUCAUAGAUGUAUAGAAAUAAACACAAGUCCCUUUUAGGGAUUUUUUUUUAUUGGACCUAAGCAAUUUUUUCCCUCUUGAGUCUCAGGGUCCGACACACCUUUAUCUUCUGAAGCAAUCGCUAUAAUUGUGUGGGCGCGCGCGUGUGUUUUAUCACUGCCACUCUUAAAUGUGAAAUGCGUGUUUUCCUGUUUCAUCAGCAGAUGGAGUGCUGGAGUUUAGGACAAGAUAUGCGUGUGGUUUUUUUAUUUUAUUCUUCAUCUUAGAACUCAUGUAGACAGGCAGGGCCAACAUUGACCCAUUUGUACAAAAUAUCUCUGGCAUUCUCUCUCUUCUCUUCACGUUUACUUCCUUUACUGAUGUGAGCGAUCAGCUUUACUGUCUCUUUCAGUAAAGGUCUUUUUUUGUUUGUUCAACAUCACACAUUAGAUUUGUACAGCGCAUUACUUGAAUAAGAAAAUCUCUUCCUUGUUUUGUAGUUAUUCAUGAACUUGGACAAUAAAGUGAGAAUCUCUUGCAAGAAAAAA